UGCUUUGGGGAGGCCUUUUCUCCGUUUGGUGAGAUCAUCGAAUCGAAGAUCAUCAACGACCUUGAGACCGAGAGGUCCAGGGGCUUUGGCUUCGUCACCUUCAACAAUAAAAAGGCCAUGAGGGACGCGAUCGAAGGAAUAAACAGCCAGAACCUCGACGGCUGUAGCAUCACCGUCAACGAGGCCCAGUCUCAUGGAAGCGGCGGCGGUGGUGGCGCUAACGGAGGUUACAGCUGCGAAGGAUAUGGUGGCGUUGGCUACGGAGGUGGCGGUCAUCGUGAAGGCGGUGGGGAUAGUGUCUCGAUGAUGAUUCGGUUUAGGCCACUUAGGCUUUGCAAAACUUUUUUGCUUCCUUGGUGUAUUCUGCAAACGCAAGUUUUGAUACCUUACUAGACUCUCUGCUAUCAAGUGCUAAACCAUCUCCCCAGUCAGGUGGAGUUGCAAAACAAGCUUUGUAUUCAAUAGCUCAAUAUGUGUGGUUGUCCUUUGCCUUACUGCUGGUGAUCAGCAAUGUUCAUCUACCGUGACAUGCUAACUGAAAUUCUCAAAGAUGACAGCGGUACAAAUUCAGUAAGUCCCCCCUCUCGAAAGAAAACAACUCAGUUAGGGUUAUCUUCACAGAUGACAAUGUUUUGGUUUUUGUAAGCAAAUAGGGAUAGACUAAUUAACUUUUCACGAUUUAUUAUUAUUUGGUAAUUUCGUGGUAGGCAAACUCUCGUUAUAAAUUUGGGGUAGAUUGAUUGAAUCUAGUUGAUUUAUUGUUUUUUAUUUAUUAUUAUAUAACUUUUAUUUGAGCCCAGUAUAAUUGCUUUCUUCAUAUGAUAUGGGCUAAGCAGCACCUUGCUUUGCUGUGUCUCGGGGAGAUUGGAAGGAGGAAAUAUCUAAGCUCCCAUUACCAUAUAGAGAAUGUUGUCAUUGAGUCCUUUCAAUCUCCUUUUGAAGAGAUCAAAUCUGUAGCCUCCUACGCUCUUGGCAAUAUUGUUGUUGAUAACCUGCUCAAGUAUUUGCAUUUUAUUUUGGACCAGAUUGACAAUCAACAGAAAAAGCAGAAUCUCUUGCUUCAUUCUCUGAAGGAGGUGCAUUCUUCUGAACUUUAAGGGCCUGAUUUUGUUUCCUGAAAUGUUUUUCAGGUCGUAGUAGCUGAAUGUUGAGAAGAUAAAGCAGAGUUUCCGGAUUCGAGUGUUGAGAAGAUACUUAAUUUACUUUUUAAUCACUGUGAAAGCGAGGAAGAGGGUGUUCGCAAUGUAACAGCUGAAUGUCUAGGACAUAGUAUUAACAGUGUACUUCUAUGACAUAAUAUUAACAACAAAGCAUGCUCUAUAUUUUGCUCUAUAUAUAGCUGUGCACUUGAAGUUUAUGAUAUGCAGAAUAUGAUUUUUACUAGGAAGAUAGUUCUAUGACAUAGUAUUAACAGUGUACUUCUAUGAUAUAGUAUUAACAGUGUACUUCUAUGACGUAGUAUUAACAGUGUACCUUUUUUUUUCUUCUUGUAGAGGUAUUUCCUUUUGCCUUUGCGAUUGUUUCUGGUGAAACUAUGGACAAUUGGAGGUGGUUUCUGCAAAGGAUAUCGGAUGUCUUGCUGGGUUUUUUUUUGAGUGUUUUGUAUGAAAUGGUAUUAACAAUGUACUUC